AUGAUAGUGGCUUUCCAGAAAUGGGACGAUCUCGCUGCGGACACCUGCAAAGCCGAGAUGGGUCAAGACUGCGAAUCGGUGAUUGUUGUCGAGAUCUGGGGUCAUUCUUUGUCUGCGACCGAGAUUCAGUCGCCGAUUUCUGAGCCGCUCGUUGUUGCUUUUUGGUGUUGGAGGAGCAAGCCACAUUCGCUUGCCAUCCAGUCCCCGUAUCCUCGAUUUAUCAUGCUGCUGGAGAUAACGGUCAAGGAAUUUGAAUUGUCGACAUCCGUCACUCUGUCCAAUACCGUGCCAAAUGAGGGAUGA